UCUUCUGAGGAAAGAGAGAGAAGGCAACUUGUGCACCAGACAGCUAAAGAAGAAGGGCUCUAGUUCUCUUGUACACAGUUUUCUUUUCAUCAAACUUGCAAUUUUCCUUGAUGGGUUCCGACUUGUUUAGCACCAGAGCCUUUCUAUUGUUCUUGAUCUCAAUCUUUAGCCUUAUCGUCUUCGCCAGUGGGCAAUUAUCAUACCUCUACAGCUCUUGUGGCAGUGAGACACCCGAUGGGGAUUACAAAACUAAUCUCACUUCCCUCUUGGAUUCUCAACCUUCUAAAGCUUCCACCUACACCUUUUACAAUGAUACCUUGAACCAAAUCUACAGCCUCUAUCUAUGCAGAGGCGACGUUAACGCUACUACCUGCCAGAGUUGUGUGAAAACUGCAGGCCAAGAAAUCCAGGAGCAGUGCCAGUAUAAUAAAACAGCUAUCAUAUGGUAUGAUGAAUGCAUGUUACGUUACUCUAAUGAAGACUUCAUUGGAACUAUGAACACUUCUCCAGGCUUCUUAAUGUACAAUGUGAACAACAGAACUGAUUCCGGUGAAAGGGAUGUGGGCGCUCUAUCUUUGAUGGAUCAGCUGAGGGGAGAAACUCCAUAUUCGGAGCUCAUGUUUCAGACAGAUGAGAGACCGUCCACAGAUAACGCGUCUCUAAUUUUAUAUGGGCUGGCGCAGUGUACUAGAGAUAUCAACACUACUUCAUGCUAUAACUGUUUAUUUGACCUGUCGUCGAUGAUCCAAGAGUGUUGCCAAGAGAAGGUAGGAUGGCGUGCUUUGGGUCCAAAUUGCAAUAUAAGGUAUGAACGGUACCGCUUCUAUGCUGAUCCAGCCUCUCCUGCGCCUGCUCAGCUGCCGCCUCCGCCUCCGCCUACUGCAGAGCCACCUCCUCCUGAUAACCCAGGAGGGGAAGGAAACAACACCAUAAAGAUCGCGAUCAUCACUGUAUCAGCAAUUACAGGAGCUGCAGUUGUCUUGGGUUUCUUCCUUUAUUUUUCAUUCUUUAGCAGGAAGAGCAGACGAGGGGAGCAGAAAAGUGAAGAAAUUCUGUUAAAUGUGUUGGACCGUCCAACCGGCACACACUUUAUGGAAGGGCAUAUGCAUGAUCAAGACAACACUGUAGAAACUUACUACUUCAAUUUAACCACCAUACUGGCUGCUACAAACAAUUUUUCUGAUUACAAUAAGCUUGGAGAAGGGGGUUUUGGCCCUGUUUACAAGGGGAAGCUGCUUGAUGGAAGGGAAAUAGCUGUUAAAAGGCUUUCAACGAAAUCAGGACAAGGUCUUGAGGAGUUCAAGAAUGAAGUUAUGUUAAUCGUUAAACUUCAACACAAAAAUCUUGUGAGGCUGUUGGGUUGCUGCAUGGAGGGAGACGAGAAGCUCCUGGUCUACGAGUACAUGGCUAAUACGAGUCUUGAUGCUUUUUUGUUUGAUCCAACAAAAUGCAAGGAACUAGACUGGGAUAAGCGAGCAGCCAUUGUUCGUGGAAUAGCAAGGGGGAUCCUGUAUCUUCAUGAAGACUCUCGUCUCAAAAUCAUCCACAGGGAUUUGAAAGCAAGCAAUGUUUUGUUGGAUGAGGAAAUGAAUGCAAAGAUCUCAGACUUUGGCACUGCUAGGAUUUUUGGCAGCAAGCAACUUGAUGCUAACACCAACAGAGUGGUCGGUACAUUUGGGUACAUGGCACCAGAGUACGCAAUGGAGGGACUAUUUUCUGUGAAAUCUGAUACUUACAGCUUUGGAGUUCUAUUGCUAGAAAUCUUGAGUGGGAAAAAGAACAGUGGAUUGUAUAGCACGGAUCAUUCCCAAAACCUUCUAUCUCAUGCAUGGCAGCUGUGGAAUGAAGACAAGGGACUUGAAUUUAUAGAUAGGAACUUAGUUGACAAAUGUCCUGUAAGUGAGGCUGUCAGAUGGAUCCAUAUUGCUCUGCUGUGUGUUCAGGAAGACCCCAAUGAUAGACCACCUAUGUCAUCAGUUGCUCUCAUGCUUGGAAGCAAAUGGGUCAACCUUCCCCAACCAUCAGCACCCCCAUUCUCAGUGGGAAGAUCUUUCAUGUCUGAUCUAUCUUCAACAAGCGGGUCGGGGUUAGGUUUUCUCAUUUCAGAUCAAUCAUCCACUAGUGCCUCUGUUUAGUUCGGAGGUUCAUUGCAUCAUACUUGAGCUCAUACCAGUAUACCUUGAUUCAUAAUUUCAAUUUCAGGAACACAGUGAUGUACCAAUAAGAUAGAAUAGCCUGCCACUUGUCAGUGCAAUUUUUUU